AUGACUGCGGUUCCCUUGAAAUCUGAAUUCAAAAAAGUGGAAAACUAUCAAAAGAUUGCUGAUAGAUUCUUCGAUUUCACAGAAGCUCAUCAUGCAGCUGCUUACGGUGGUCUGAUAUUCUCUCAAGCUCUGGCUGCUGCUGAAAAGACAGUCGAAGAGAAAUUUAAGCCACACUCCACCCAUUCUUAUUUCAUUUUGAAUGUUGACACCAAAGAGCCUAUAACAUACAACGUCCGUCGUGUCCGUGAGGGUCGGUCAUUCAUCACUCGAACCGUUGAAGCAAUUCAAAAAGAAAAAGUGUGUUUCGUGCUCCAAUGCUCAUUCCACGUGGAAGAGAAAAGUUCAAUCAUUCAUCAAUCCGAAAUGCCAAAGGUGCCAUGUCCAGAAGUAUUGAUGAGUAUGAGAGAUGCAGUUCCUUAUAUGAAAUCCCUAGUGGAAAAAGGAGAAGUCACUCCGCCACCUGCGAUGCUUUGGAGACUUCAAUCGUACGAUUCAAAAGUGUAUUCAGAUGAUCAGGAUCUUUUCGAAAUGAGGUGCACUAAUUUGGGUAAUUAUUACGGUUUCGCUAGCGACCAGAAACCCGAACUGCACUUUUGGAUGAGAGCCAGAGGAGACUUAAGUGACAAUGAGAGGUUGCACAGAUGGCUGAUUGCUUACAACAGUGAUUCUCUUCUCGUCUCGACAGCCGUCAGUCCACAUUACUCGAAUGGAUUCAUUCCAUCAAUGCUUUUCUCUCUCGAUCACUGUGUAUGGUUCCAUAAAGCAGAAGUGAAAGCAGAUGAUUGGCUUCUGUUCGAAUGUAAAUCUCGUAUUGCAUCUGGAUCCAGAGCUACGAUUGAGGGAAGAAUCUGGAGAAGAGAUGGAGUUCUGAUUGCCAGUUGUCAACAGGAAGCUCUUGUCAGAAGCCAAUCUGAUGAUCCAUCGAAGUUGUAA